GUCGGACUGAAUUAAACAGCGCCCGAGUGCUUGCGGUAGGGCCGGAUCGCCCACGAAGUAUGCUUCAGAGAUGUUUCAUCCGAGUUCUUCUCCUCCAUCGGACUUGUCCGAAUAUAUUUUAGAGGAAAAGUUUGCAUGAACCGGAAGCGAGCUAGAAGACGAUGGUCACUGGAGUGGCAAACGGCAGGGACGUAACGCAUCGCGGUGUACGUGACGAGAAUGGGUUUUCUCAACGCACGUCGCCGGCGGCUCUUUCCCUCAGAAAGUUCUCUUCCGUCGACUUUAUCCUCCCAAACCCCGCUGCAUUGAUGUGGUGAGUGAUCGUGAAGGCAUUGCAGAGAAUGCGUGCCCCCCGCAAACGACGGAGAGUCGCAGUCUGGACGCACCCGUCACUAUCUAUCGAGGAAGCUUUGGCAAGACAUUGGACAGUGCGGCGUUUCUGAUAUGGCGACCGGCGAAUCGUGCUCCUAGGAACGACUCGAGGUUGGGACUUCUUUCUGGAUGCCCGUGUGAAACUGGACGCGUCGUGGGGAGAUCGAGCGUGCUUCCAUCCCCAGAUGGGUGUAGGUGUAUUCUUUGAGACUCAAUGGGAAAGAAAACGCGUGGGGGGUAACUGAAUGACCCGGGGGUUGGAGAACAAGACCAAGGCACAAACCACGCGUCCGAUCAAAAUUAUGUAGUUAGAGAUUAGAUUAUUUAUGUAGCACGCCUGUCAAUCAACUUGCAUUCGACUUCAACCGCCAUGACUGAGCCUCAGAGCGAUGUUUCCAGGCCCUCUGCACUUCCCACCGCCAAUCUAUUUCAACGCGACGCCGCUCUCCAGGCCCACAUUGACCAAAACUCUGCCGAGUACCUGGACGCUAUCGAGGAGGAAUGGAACAAGAAGGUUGAUUCUGAGGUCGAGACUCUACUCGACGGCAUGGUCGACCUCGUCGGUCUGGCAUCCAUCGAGGACAAGGACAAGUUUAGGAUAGCGCAGGAAUCGUUCCAAGCUCAGUCGCGUGCUGAAUCGAUGGUUCGAGCUGCAAACUCAUUACUCUCGAUCACCCACUCCAUGAAACUGCUUCUGUUGCUGUCGGACGAGGCCCAAAUCGCGCAUCGCCGAGAUGCAGAACUUAAGACGAUCCAUGAGGAGAAGACACAAGCUCGAAAACAAGUCGCAAUCCUAUUAGACGAGCUGAUUCGCUACCCGAGUCAUCAAUGUCCACCGCGGUAACUGGGACGUCAUUUUUUUUGUGCACUGUAUGAAUUCCUAUAUGCCCAUGAAGGUGUCCGAAAAGCUACUACUGCGCUCCCCCAAGUCAUUAGAGGAUGAUCGUGAAUGCCGCAGCAAAAGUAGCCAGUCCUGCAGCGAGCGGCCACGCGAGUGUGGAAGCAGCCAUGGGACCCAUGGCAAGAGCAGCGCUGGAACCGGAGGAUUGCGGCGCAGCCGAAGAUGUGGAUGCGGGGGCCGACGCUGCAAGUACGGA